AUGCUGAUUGGUGACAUGCAUCGAUGCGGCACCAGAAGACAACAGACAUUGCAUGACUUUCCAGGUUUUGAAAUCACUGGCCAUCAGGGUGAGGGUUGCAACCGAUCCACUACGGUUGCUGAAGCAGACUCAUGGGUUCAGGAAUUUUGUAACAAUCCUGCAAAAUGCGGACAACCGCCACCAUUGAGCUACGGCUCCAGACAGCACUCCCUACCCAGUUCAGCUGUGCAGAAACGCAGUUACCGUAGAGCUUGCAAACGUGCGGUGCUGUAUGGAACCACCCAAUAUAAAGGGCGCACUUUCGGUCCUCAAGAUUUUCCUUCAUCAUUGGUGCAACGUAUCACAGCAGAAUUUGAUGUACAGCCCAAGCUGAAACCACAGUUUUUGCAUGCUGCUACAAGGCAUCCCCGUUUCACAGCCUUCCAUUGGAACCCGGGAGGUAUGGCGCAGAGCACAUUUCAGGAGUUCAAGGAAUGGACAAAAACCCAUCCAGCUGAUGCAUUUGUGCUGACGGAGACCCGGUGGGGAUUCAACUCCUGCUGGAGUGAUGAGAAUUGGUCCUAUAUACACUCUGCGGCUGCUGAAAGCCGAUCGGGAGGGAUAUUGAUAAUGAUCGCCCGCAAGUUUUGCAGUUCGGAGCACAUUGGCUAUGAUGACCGUGUACCUGGACGCCUGUUGCACAUCAGAAUGCAUUUUGACAAACGUGCAAUCGACCUGGUGGCCGUCUACCAGCACACUGACCACAAAACGACUGCCAGCAAUGAAGCCAGGGUCCAACUUUGGAAAUCAUUAGACACUUGCUUGUAUCAGAUGCCUCAGCGGAAUAAUCUACUCCUGGCAGGAGAUUUCAACUGCACCACUGCUGCUUCUCCGCCCUGGACGGGCACUGCUGCCUUCAAAUGGAAAGGACGCAAAUGCCAGAGCAGACCUCAUGCGGAUCAGCAUCACCUGAUGCAAUUGCUCCGACAGCAUGGUUUGAUUUCACUGACGGCCUGGGACGAGUCCACAGGACCGACGUAUGUGCACUGUGACACUGCAUCCAGGAUCGAUCAUUUCUUUACGCGGAUCAGCAGUUGUGAUGGACAAUCUAAACAGGAGAGUCCGACAUGGCUGGAGCUCCAGCAAACAGUUCAUCAUGCCACCCAACAGACAGCUUGGUUCCAUUGGUGUCACACUGCACGCCUGCAACGAUUGCAGCAGAAGCAGGCCAGACGUGCCAAAGCAGACCGCUUUGAGGAAUUGUGCAAAGAUGUUGAACACGCAGCAAAACUCCAUGAUGCUCACACCAUGUUCCAAACCAUCAACAGGUACUCCCCAAAGCGGCCCAUGGCCCGGGCCAGACUCAGAACCCCUGAAGGACAGAUCGCUAAUCAGUACAUGGCCCAUGCAUUGACUGUACGAUUUGUCCAGACAACAUGGCAAGGACCUGCAACCCUGCCGUGCUACUCUGAGAGGGCGCCGGAAGUGCCAUUCUCUUUGGCUGAACUGGAGACGGCCAUUGCUGCAUCACAUCCCAACAAGUCCGUUGCACCACCGUUCCUGCCAGCCUUAAUUUGGAAAGGGUCGCCCGCAGUGGUUGCUGAAUACAUUUAUGGUACUCAGUAUCAAUUGACCGCUCCUCAUACCACUACAUCGGUUGCUGUUGGCAAAGGCCUGCGCCAAGGAUGUAAAGCGGCCCCAUUGUUGUGGGUGUUGUUUAUGGACAAGUUUCUGUGCACAUUGUCCCAAAAAACUGGUUCUGAUUGGAUAGCUGAGUGCUUGACGCUGUACGCAGACGACGUGCAUAUCGGUUGCCAGUUUGCCAAUUUGACUGAGCUCAGACUGUCCCUCAAAAACAUUGGAUUGGUUUUAGACACUCUCGAAGAAAUGCGCCUUGAAUUGUCCUACACCAAAACUUUUGCCAUGUUAGCAGUUGCAGGGACUAACCAUCGUGCUGCCUUGAAAGGCAUCCAGAGACAGUCACCUGAUGGUACGACCAUCCUGAUUCCCCGCAGCACUGGUCAAAAUACUGCGUUGCCGAUGAAAGCAUCAGGUACAUACCUUGGCAUGAUCAUGAGUUAUCGAUCCUUUGAAGAGCUGUCCUGGGCCCAUCGCACCAAAUCAGCCUGGACCGCAUUCCGUAGACUGCAGCCCUGGAUCAAAAACAGGCAAAUUCACUUACAGCAUCGAUUGCAUUUGUGGACCAGUUGCGUGCACACCAUCCUCACCUAUAGCGUUUUUGCCUUACAGUGCACAACCAAAAUCCUGCACUCAUAUCAAGCCACGGUGUACAGAAUGCUCAGAUCGGUAAUAGGCGACCAUGCCUAUGUGACACAUCACACGCAUCAGCAGGCCAUCAGACACCAUCAACUGCAGCCGCCCUUGCAAAUGCUACGUCGCCUUGCCAUGACCCAUUUUGCCAGAGUGACUGCGCGGACGACUCAGAUUGCCACCCAUGACUUUCUGCAUACUCUCAAUUGGACUCACCUUGAUGAAACCAUCCGACUCAUCGACAUGCUCCAAGAUCAUCAUGCACAGGUGCCAAUAGAUCCAGAUCCUGAUCGACCAGUGCUGACGCGUGAGGCCACACAGGGACGUCCACGCCAGUGGUGGAGAAUGGAGACAGAUGACACCGCCAAUCUGCCUGGCCCUGAAUCUACCGAGCACCCCACCUGGACGUUGAUCAGUUUCAUGUGGGCACUCAACGUUGCUGCACGUUGGGAGGGACUGCUUGCUGAGGGCAAGUUCACGGCUCCAGCCUUCACAUCCAUCCAGCGCAUGCAGCUAUCGCUCACAUGUCAGUUUUGUGGCACACGUUACCAGAGGCAGGGAGACCUUGUGGCACACCUCCUGCAAUCACACGGUGCACUGUGGAGAAACUCCCAGGAAACCUUGCGCUUCCUCCUGCAGACGGUGAUAUCACAAACAGGAUGCCUGUGCAACCCAUCGGUCCAUGGCAGCAACAGAACACACGUUUGCACGGUGAUGAGACAACUGGCCAUGAUUUUUCAUCAAUGUGAACUUGAAGUCUUGGUCCCCACAGUGUACACAAACUCCCUGUUGCAGGCCAUGCUGACAAACUUGGGUGAUGGAGAUGCAGUCCGACUGACUGAACGCUUCCUCAGGGAUCGCCAGUUCUCUCGGCUGUGGCAAGAUCCACUUGUGUUACAGUUGCUGACAACCCGUUGUGUGGUAUGUGGAGGUUUCUACCAUGCGGCUCAUCUGCCCAAUCACUUGACCGUGAUGCACCCCAAUGACAGUGCGUGGGACCAAGAGCUGAUGGACAGCUUGGAAGCGCUGGCUCCUCUGCUGGGGACACGCAAGCAGCAGGACGCAAGCGACGACAGGCAGCACAAGCGACACAAGCCAACAAGCACAGAGGCUACAGGGGUCACACAGAGGGAGCUGGCCAUGACGCAAGUGAUCAAGGCCAUGGCCAACCUCUUGCUGAACCACGAUCGCAGCUUGCAGAAUCUUCACAAGCAGGACUCCUUCGUUAUCUUCGCCCGUGCGCACCCGAUAGGCAUGAUGCCCAUUAUGGCGGUGCUGGCCAAAGACUGGAAGGAGAAGAUGCCACAGAAUCGGGAGAACCCGCAGUGGCUCACCCUGCGCACCCACCUCCUGAAAGGACUGAUGCAGGAACUUCUCACGCGGGUGGUGCAGAUCAGCGAGAGCCAGGUGGGCAGCCAACUCUGGGACACUGCAGUGGCCAAGAAGACCAUCCUCCCAGAUGGGGCCUGGGUGUACCAGAAAUGGUCCCCCUCGGAGCAACAACUGGUCCAAGCACAACGCGCACCCAUGCCCAUGGCACAGAUGGUCAAGACCCUGAAGACUCUGAUCGCCGCCUUGCAGGACAACAUGCAUGUCCUCCGUUUCCACAGCUUGAGGACACAACAGGACACCACUCCCUGGAUCCUUCAGCUGACGAUGAGAGACUCCGAGCUCUGGGCCAUUUUCAACGAGCUGACGGGCAACUCGGUGUGGGGGCUCCUUGCCAUGAGCCUGAAACAACACCAACAGAGCCUAUCCAAACAAGCCCAGGCCCUCUCGGAGUUGGUGGGCAAAGGCAAAGGCAAAUCGACCAAGGGAGCGGGCAAGGGGAAGCAACCUCCCAAGACCACGCAGACUAUGACAGGCCUUGCACUGGCCAACCCAAAUACCCUGUGCUACGCAAAUAGCGCGGUACUUUGUUAUUUGUGGACCUCCAUGUCACGUAGAAAUUUUCAGUUAGCAGACUGGGGCCAGCACUCAGCAACCUUGCUGGAAUUUCUGCACAAUUCAACAGAUGCUCCCAUUUCACUGGACUCACUGGUUUGGUUUGACCAAGUUAUUACGGGGUGGGACCAAGCUGAUGACCAAGCAGACAGUGCAGAAUUCACCCACAGGUUGCUGAACUGGAUUGGGACCGACAUUGUGUCGAACAAAUGGGAGCGCCGCGUCAUUCACAGAGCCAAAGCAGAGCUGCAUGACCAAGGGGACGCCCAUAUGCCCAUCACAUUACAGCUUGACUUGGACAUGAUUGCCGACAAUGAUGUCAGUCUUGCAAAUUUGGUGAGGCUUUGGCACGGGGACCUUGGAAUGAGUACGGGCCUGACUGCACCAUCGGACAUUGUUAUCUUGCACAUUGACAGGUUGGUGCAUGACCUCAAUGGACAGGUACAGAAACUGCACACGUCCGUGCGCUUCUGUUGGACAAUUCACUUGCCAGUCUUACAACAAGACACCCAGGUCCGUUGGGAGCCAUAUCAACUGGUUGCUGCAUUUGCCCAUCUUGGUGGCGCACAUGGAGGGCACUACCAGGCACUUCUCAAAACAUUCCCAGAGACCACCGACAUUGCCUGUCCCAGUAUGUGGCUGUUCUGUGAUGAUAAUCGCCUUCCCACACGCUGUUGGUCCAUUCCCCCGCAGUUUGAAGAAGGUGUCACUUGCAUGUGGCUAUGCAAAUGCUCUCAGGUCGAGCUCCACCACUUGCCUGCGGCCCCGGUGCCAACAGAAGUGAUGCAGCCAUCCCACCCUGCUGCCACAGACAAUGCCUUGGUGCGUCUGCUGACUGACAGCACCGGCUGA